AUGGAGGAACAUUUUUAUGAUGACCCCUUCUUCACCACUCUAUUGCAAAGUGGAGGAGGAGGUUGUAAUAGCACCCCAACGCAACAUGAUAAUGUUGUAGUCCAAGCAACUCCAAAUGACAGUGAAAAGAGGCACACAUCAAAAAAAGUUCAACGUGGUGCAUCCUUCACUGUUGAAGAGGAUAACCUCCUCGUCUCAGCUUGGCUCAAUAUUAGCAUCGAUGCGAUAAGGGGUACUGAUCAAAAGUCCACGCAAAUGUGGGAAAGAAUUACCACAUUUUAUCAUGAAUAUAAAAAACCGAACAUUGCCAAUCGUUCGGAAGGGUCAUUGAUGAAUCGGUGGUCCAUGAUUCAAAAAUUGACAAAUAAAUUUUGUGCAUAUAUAGCACAGGUAGAGUCAUUGCACCCAAGUGGUGCAACGGAGCAAGACAAGAUUGAGAAGGCGAAGGUGUUGUACAAAGAGUUGGUAGGGACCAAUUUCACAAUGGAGCACUGUUGGUGUCUUUUAAGACACCAACCAAAAUGGCAGCAACACAUCUCCACCCUUGGUAAGAAGAGAAGAUCACCUGAAAAAGUGUCCAAUGUUAUUGAUAUUGACCAAGCUGAGGAGGACAUAGAGGUUUUUGCUGAGAGACCUCCAGGCAAAAAAACUGAGAAAGAAAGGGAGAGGAAGCGGAAGUCCAUGGAAGGCAAUGAUGGUGAGAUCAAGACCGCAUUGGCUAAAAUGACCGAGGAUCGAGCAACGACCAUGGAAGAGCGUAGAUCUGCAAACCUGAAGGCAUCCUUAGAAAGAUCAGCAAAAUUUGAAUUAAAAAAAAGGAAAUUCGAGGCAAAUAUGAUGUUGCUAGAUCUCAGUGGCCUAAAUGCCAUGCAACAAGAAUACUUUGGCUAUAUUCAACGGAAAAUUUUUGAGGAAUGGAGGAAGGAUAGCGGGGGGACAUCUACAUCUCCUUCGACACCUUAUGAACUUCUCUAA